AUGUUGUGUAUGUGUUCAAGCAGCCUUCAUCAUUCGUGCAUCUUAGACCAUUCAAAUAUCUAUGUGAGGUCGAUUAUCUCGGCUUUACUAUCAUAUGCAUCGUCUGAUGACAAUACCACAUGUUCAGGUGUUUCAUGGGGGUCUAGAUAGCUCAUUGAAGGUUGAUGAGCCGUGGAUACCCCGCCAGCUUUUCAGGGAUAUAUUUCUAGUAAAUUGCGUGUUAUUGGGCCGAGGAUCUACGGUUCUUUUUAGUCCUUUAUUGGUGUCGUUUCCAAAGUUUCUAUUUAAUAGUCCACUUGACCGAAACACUACAUUUAUAAACAGUUCGGGUUUCCUUGUCCUUUGAAGUGAAUAACCAUAGCUUAGUCAGGGUUCAGCCAUAGCUUAGUCAUAGC